CAUUUUCGGUCUCUAGAAACCUACACUAAUUUUUCGAUGAAGGUUAGAAAAAGCGCGGGGAAUUGCCCAGGAAGAAAAAUUAAUUAAAAAAAAAAAUAAACUUAUUGGCCACAUAAAUUGAAAAAGUAUGUUAUUUUUUUAUAAAUUUGAAGCAUGACCGAAUUGAAUACUUGCUCCAUUGAAUGUGAAACGAAGACAUCGGAUACAACAACUCCUCGUUCAGCUGUAACUGUGGAAAAUGGAUGUAAUGGACGCGAUAUUAUUCCGGUCACUCAUCCACGUAUAGAUUCGAAGAUAAUUCUACAGAAUAUGGAAGAAGUGCUUCAAACUGUAAAAAAACAGCACAAGGAAAAACAUCGUCGUAAAAAGGAACUGAAAAAAUUGGCCAUGAUAGAAGCGGCAACAGCUGGAACUUCGAACAAAAAGACUGAGGAAUUAGAAGAGUCAGGUCGUAGAUCAUUGAACAGUGAAAAGAAAAACAAACAUCGCGAUAAAGAGAAACGUCACUCAAAAAAGCGACCACUUCAAGAAAAAUCGACGCUAGAAAAUGGUAAAGUAUGUCAAGAAAGUCCCAUCAAGUCGGGAACUAUUUUACAGCAUUUCCCCCGUACACCAAAAAAGGAGGCACUUGACGAAAGUGCACCAGUCGAAAUUGGAGAAACUGUACAGGACGCCAGUAAAAACGACCAUGAGAAUGACAAUAGAGUGAGUACCAGCGGCAAGCCUGCAAAAGUUACAAAUGCCUUUGAAGUUAUGAUGAAUGCGCGCAAUAAGACCAUAGGAUCGAACACUCCUGGGAAAGACUCACCUUCACCAGUAGCUGACAAAAAUACCAAUGAGGGUAUGGUCAGAAGAAGGCUGAAGCUUCAAGAGUGGGCCGAGCAGAAAGGCGGUGCUAAAAGAAAACUCGAAGAAGAAGCUAGGGCAGCUUAUGUAGAAGAUCAAUUGGAACAACGUGCUAAGCGGUUUAAGGAGAUGUUAGUGAAUGGUGGUAGUCCGAAAGCGCUCGCAAAUCAUAAACAAGGAACAAUGCAGCAGAAAACGAAACAAAGGAUGUCUGAUCGAAGCCAAAAGGACAAGGAUUGUGUAAAAGAAGUUGAAACAAAGAAGCGCAAACCACGCAUUCGGCGCAUGAGUUCAGUUGAUUCGGUCGAUUCCGUUGAAAUGUCCAAACCGCUACUUGAUACUGAAACGGAGGAGUUUUUGUCAAAAUUGAGCUCACCAACAAAAAAACGCGAUAGUCUGCUGGGAUAUUUCCACAAAAAAGAAUCGCCCAAGGAACUUGCGGAGAGGCAAUCAAAUGAUUCAAUCAAAAAGGAAGGUGUAUUGUGCGAAAAAAGAGAAACAUUCAAUGAUGAGCUUAAGUGGACAAAUACACCAGUACCAAAUGAUUCAAACUCAACUAUUCAGUUCGAAGUUACAAGCACACCCAGUGGUAGGCCAAGACGCUCCUGUGUUGGAAAAGCACGAUACGAUAUUGACUUGGAAGAAAGUCCAUCAAAAGGGGAAAAAGCUACACCAGGUCGUAAAAACGCUCAUCGGAGUAACUGUCGCCAAUCAACCAACAGAGCCUCUCCUAAACAAGAAAGUGGUGAAGAUGUAAUUGUUUUGGAUGACAGUUCUAAUAUGAGUGCAAGUAUGGACAAUGUUACACCACGCGGAACACCGAAAAAGUUAGCCCCAUUAUUUGUUCGUUCUGUGCCAAAACCCAGUCCUGAUCCUGAAAUUUUAAAAGCACGGAAAGCCUUUCUCCUUUCUGGUGUACCUGAAAAAUUGCGCCUUGGACAAGAAAAACAGAAGCUGCAGGAACAAAAUUACGAAGAAUCUAUUGAAAUAUUUCCCCAAAUAUCGCAUAUCAAACAGUUAACUGCAGAUGAAAAGAAUAUUGUUGAACAAAAUUUCACAUGCACAUUUAUACUGCAACCAGAAGCAUAUUGUUUGAAAACGCCUUCGCCGCUGCCAAUGCGUAGGGGAAAAGGUAAAUUGGCUAAACGUAAUUUUCAAAUCGGAACCCUUUCCGAUUGUUCAGCGGCAGACUUUAAGGGUAACGGGAGCACGACAUAUUCAUUUAACAUUGAACAUAUGAUGCUGCCCACUUUGGCCAACAAACGGGCCAUUAUUAAGAACUGGAAAACGGAAUUUGAACGAUUUCCAACCUAUAAAUGCUACAACCAGAUGCGAGAAAAAUAUCGUUACUUUAGCGCUAUAGAUUCAGCACAGGACACAGAACAAGUGUCGGAUUCAUUGGUGGUAACAAGACGGACACGACGUUCAUUGGAGCAACAACGUAAAAACGUACCCGAUAAUCCCGACGAGGAAUACAAGCCACCUCCCACUGCUCCGAACGGAGAAUUGCUGUUUAGUGAAAAAUACAAACCAUUGUUGUUUGAACAAGUUUUGGUCAACUUAAACCCGGUAACACAACUACGUGAUUUUCUCUCCAAUUGGUCAAGUGGGUCCGCCUCUAACAGCGCAAAAAAUUCUCAGAACCUUGACGACAGCAUAGACUUUAAUGACUCCUCGUGUAGUAACCAGGGUGCAUCUUGUAAUACGGUGGUGCUUCUGGGGCCAGUGUCAUCUGGAAAAACUAAUGCAGUAUUUGCUUUAGCUAAUGACAUGAAUUUCAAUGUUUUGGAAAUAAAUGCAGGCAUGAAAAGAACGGGGAAAAAGUUGAUUCAAGAAUUACAGGAAGCAACUCAAUCACAUCAAAUACGCAAAGAUGCUGCGGGUUCGGGUUCUUCACAAAAGAAUAAUCUACUAAAAAAAUCUCUAAACGGCCUUAAAACACAAAUGAAGCGACAAAACUCGAAUAAUGUUGAUUCGGUUGGCAGUGACUCCAGUAGUAGUGAAUUGACGCAAUCAACGCGAAAGUGCCUUAUACUUAUAGAAGAUGCCGAUAUUGUGUUUGACCAAACGGAUGCUGGUUUCACGGAUGCUAUUUAUACAUUGGCUGCCAGUUCCAAACGACCCGUCAUCCUAGUAGCAUCUAAUCCAAACUGUAGUCACUUGCAGCGUUUAAUGGCUCAAAAUACAAUACAUUUCUCCUCUCCCAAUGUGUUAAAUAUUUCAAAGUUCUUGGCAGUACUAUCGCUCAUUGAAAACUGUCCUGUGCUUUUGGAUGACAUAAUAUCUUUGUAUCUUUAUAAUAACAGAGAUUUAAGAAAAACUCUGCUGGAACUUCAGUUUUUCAUACAAAGCGGAGGCGAUAGGCAAAAGCAAUUGAUGAAUAACACAGACGGCAAUACAAAAUCGGCUGAGACCAAAGAGAAAAGUAGCAGUUACUUCGCGUCACCACGUAAACGCCAAUUUUCUGUGGAGCAAGAACAAACAGAUAGUCAAGAGAACAUCCCACAAGCAAACGUCAAAAUGCCCGCUAGUGAAAAGUCAACAUAUAAAGGAGUUUACAUGCAUCGAUCGCUGUUUGAGUUCUAUACAGUCUGUCAGAAUUCUAAGUUCCGUGUACCCUUUCCUGUUGAUUUUCGAACAUUCGGUAUAAAUUUGAAUGAUAUUUUUGGAGUUUCUCGUAAAUUACUAGAAGUCAGCGAACCAACGGCCCAGAAAGCUUUGCCGAAGUGCAACAAUUCUUCGAAGCGUAGAUCAAAGUCUCCCAAAAAACAGUGGAUUAGAAACCAUGCUGGUAGUCCCUUGGAUAAUUUAUGCUCUUUCUAUGAAAAUUUAUCAGUUGCUUCCAUGUUAGACAACGAAACCGAACAACAUUCAAUGUCAUCGAUAAUGGAUCGCUUGAACCCAAAUUUAUCCGAAUGCAUUUCACACAAGCUGCUUGAGAGUGCAAUUGAUAUAAAUCUGGAGGCCGAUACGUGCCCCUACAAUUUGUUCGAUACUCCAAAAACUAUAAUAUCUCUUUGCAAUGAAAUGAUGCCAUUGCAAAUGCGAUCCAGAAGAGUGCGCAAUUUGGAUUAUGAGCCGGCCUUAAGGAACAUCUGUCGCAGUGAAAAGAUACGUUCAACUCUAGAGAGGCGCUCAACACGCUUUUAUCACUAUUUAAGAACAUAUGCGGUAAAUGUGUGCAAUUUUUCUACAGCUACUUUUGACCAGGCCUGCGAUGUCUUCCAAGGCACAUCCGAAGUGGAGGAUACACAAACGACCGAUGCAACAUAAUAUAGUGGUCCCAUUAAAUAUACAUACUAUUAAGAAAGGUAGUGUCCAACUUUAAUAUUUAUUUAUGAUGUAUAUAAUUGAAUUUUUAUACUUCUUUUCUUAAAUUGCACUGUUGGUUAAGAUUUUGUGAAAAAAAAAACGAUUUUUGACAUUUACGAAUAGGUCUAUUACCACAGUUAAGGUACUCUAUGUUUAAAUUUAACUUAAAAUACAUCAAUACUACAAUUAAAUUCGAUUCUUUUUAAAAAGAGAAAACAA